AAACAUCAAGAUGAAAUUCUUCGCCGCCUUCGCACUGAUCGUAGCCGUGGCUUCGGCCGGCGUCAUCAAGCCAACAAGCAGCGAGGAGGCUCAAAUCCAGGCUAUUAUCGACGCCAUCCAGAGCCCCAGCACCGACCCCGCCACCGCUAUCCUGCUCCAGCAGCAACUCGCUCAGCUCCUCGGCAUCGCUCCUCCCAGCCCCAUCAUCGUUGACAUCGCUGAUCCUGUAGUCGUUGUCGAUGAUGCUGCCGUCGCCCCCAUUGUCGUCGUCGAUGAUAUCGUCUCCCCCGUCGAGGUGGUCGAAGAAGCUGUUGUGGCCCCUAUCGUUGUCGUCGACGAAGCUGCACCUGCACCUGUUGCUCCUGUUGUCAACCCGACCCCCGCUAGUUCUCCUCUCGUGCAGGUUAUCCUAAAUAUUAACGCCCCUGCCGGUGCCGUCGAUGUCGGUUCCGCUAUCAAUGAUAUCACUGCUGAUCCCGUGAAUGUCGUAGACGAGACUAUCUAUGAGGAGAUCAAUCCGGCGCCCGUUAUUGUGCCCCCUGUUGUGCUCCCUGCCCCCGACGUGGAGCCUAUCAUCGUCGUUGAGCCCAUCUUUCCUGCACCUGUACCCCCAGUCGAGCCCAUCAUCAUUGGUGAACCAACCCUUCCCGUAGUGGUCCCCCCUGUUAUCAACCCUGUCAUCAUCGGUGAACCAACCCUGCCCGUAGCGCCUGCAGUGACCCUACCCGAAACCCUCAAUUAAAAUAAGGUUUCUCACUUAUUGUAUCUAUAAAAUGUAAUUAUCACAUGUGGUGCAAUAAACUGUUUUACCUACA